CUGACGAGUAAGAUGGCCUCUCCUUUACCAAAAACAAAAAUAGCUGGAUAAACUCAGCAGGUCUGGCAGCAUCUGCGGAGAGGAACACAGUCAACAUCUCGAAUCCGCACAACUCUUCAACAGAACAUCCUUUACCAAGAUGGCCAAAACAGUUCCUUUACCAAGCGGAAAAGGAAGGGCGGUUCGCACAACUACGCACGCGCGCUUGGUUCCUCUGUGGUUUCCAGGAAGUGAUGUCAUUGAAGUCGCGAGGCCGGCUCGAAGUGGCGCGAGCUGCAUAUAAACGGCACGGUUUAACGGUCAGCACAGCAAAAGGGAGGGUAGCAUAUGCGAGAUGUUUUGUGACAUCAACCUUGUUCUAAAAUGACUUCAGAUCACUCUGAUAAUUCUGCCUUUAUGAAUUCUUAUAAAUGAAACUUGCCAUCAUGGGAUUGAUGAUUAUGAAAUUUCCUGUUAAGUCAUUGUUGAAGAAAUGGAAGGUCUCCAGUAAAGUGUUUCAACAAGAUUGGCAGAUCUUUGGCCCUUGCCUGGUGUCAAGAAAAUACAAUAAAUCUACUUCAGACCUUUCUGGAUUGGCUGAAACGCUCAUUGAUCUUUGCCAGAGAAGGCAUUUUAUAACUGGAGAUAUAAUUACCCAAGACGAUCUUAUCAAUGGUUGGUACAAUUAUGGACAUUUGGGAAUGGAACUCAAAAGGAACUUGGCUACUAAGUGGUGGGACUCGGUGGUAUUAUCUAGAGAGCAGGUAUUUGGAGUGACGACACCUCAUAAUUUGAGGUGUCAGAAUUCAGACAACAGGUUAGUGAGGCUGAUAGAGACUGCAGCAUUGCAAGUGCCAUUAAGCAACAAGGACUUGACUAAGGACGAAAUUGUUACUUUACUAAAAGGCUUAUUGGAGGAGAGCACUAUACUACGUCCUAAUCUACUGCAAGGAGCUGUUCAAGAAUAUACUAGGUCUUUGAGCCUUGUGAACAGGAAGUUACCAUUUGGUUUGGCUGAGAUCGGUGUGUGUUAUCAGCCCUUUCCUACUGGUAAAUACCCAACAGUAUGCAAUGCGGUAAGAACAGGAGAGAUGGAAAUGGCAUCCCUAGUAUGGUUUAGCUCUCCUCGGACUUCAUGCCAAUGGCUAGACUACUGGGUACGCCAGCGUUUACUAUGGUGGAGGAAGUUUGCCAAAAAUCCAUCCAGUUUCACAGCCAGUGAUUUCCAGGAUAAUGAUGGAACUAAAGGAACCACACUGUGUUUCAAUUUUCCGUGGGGGAAGGAACCAAUUGAGAAGCUGCUAAAUCUGGGAGACAAAGAACUUGUGCUUGAGCAUCAUGGAAACAAAGCAAAUUUAAAGGGUCUAGAUGGGAAGAAGACUGUUGUCCCACAUGUUCUGUCAGUGAGUGGGAGUCUGGACCAAGGAGUGAUAGCCUUUUUGUUUGAUUCACUGCAACUGACUGAGAAAGUUGAUUCAAAACUGCGACACAACCAAAAAAAGGUGCUAAAGCUCCAUCCAAGUUUAGCUCCAGUUAAAGUGGGUUUGGAAAUGGACAAGGGAGCUACAGUUGAGUUGCGUCAGGUAUGUGAGGGGCUAUUCCAUGAGAUGUUAGAGAAGAGAAUCACAGUUUGGCCUGGCUACCUGGAAACCAUGCACACAUCAGUGGAACAGCUAACCAUGAAGUAUGAUGAGAUGGGUGUGAUCUUCACAAUUGUCGUCAAUGAUACCACACUAGAGAGUGGCUUAGUACAGCUCAGGAACCGAGAUACUGCUAUUAAAGAACUGGCUCACAUUUCAGAAGUCUUGCUCUGUGCAGGCAUAGAAAGCUUCAUUAUCUGGGGAGUUGUGAAUGGAAUCGAACUCUGUGAAAUCAUCAGUAAACAUCUCAAUUCUGACCUUAUGAUGGAGGGAAGGCCAGUGAUGAAACGGCUGAAGAUAGUGGGCUUAGAACACUGCCCUGAGGAACUCCUGGCGCAAUAUCCUGGGACUGAGGUGAUUGCCCACCCAUAACCGUAAUCAUCUUCCUUUGUGAACUACCUUCCUUUGUGUUAAGUAAUUACUCCAACCAUUGGAGACAUACCCCACCCCUCUGGCCUCAAUUUCCAUUGACUUCAUUUUUACUAUUUUAAUUCUCCACCUUGCUACUUCUUGAUAGCAUACUGUGUUAAACGCUGCCUUGACUUCACUUUUACUUCACCACUGGAGUUCAGCUCUUGACCAUGUUUGGACCAAAGCUAUAAUGAGGUCUGAAGCUGAGCGGUCCUAGGGUUACACAAACUAUUAGAAAAAAGGCUAUUAGAAAAUGCUACUUGAUAGCACUGUCCAUGACGCCUUCCAUCACUUUGAGAGUAGACUGAUGAGAUGAUAAUUGGCCCUCAGAUUGGAUUUGUCCUACUUUUUGUGGACAGGAUAUACCUGGGUAAUUUAACACUUUGUCAGUUUGAUGCCAGUCUUGUAGCUGUGCAGGGAACAGCUUUGCUAGAGGCGUGGCUAGUUCUGGAGCACAGGUCUUCAGCACUACAGCCAGGAUGAUGUUGGGUCUCAUUGCUGUAUCUAAUGCACUCAGCUGUUUUUUGAUAACACAGUGUGAAUCUAAAUGAAGAUUGACAUCAGUGAUGGUGGGGACCUCAGGAGGUGGCCAGGUUGGAUCAUCCAUCUGGCACUCCAACUGAAGAUGGUAGCAAACAUUUUGACCUUUUGCAUUUGUGCUGGGCUACACCAUCAUUGAGGACAGAAAUGUUUAUGGAGCCUCCUCCUCUUGUCACUCAUUUAAUUGUCCCGUUCACAUCUUGAUGUGGUGGGUCUGCAGAGCUUUAUCUAAAAUUGUUGAACUCAGUUUUGGGUCUGGAACACUGUAAAGUGCCCAGUCGAAAACUGAGGCACUGUUCCUUGAGCUUCAUUGGAGCAUUGCAGGAAGCCAUGAACAGUAAGGUUAGAGUGGCAGCAAGGUGGAGAAUUAAAACGAGAGCCUACUGCAAGCUCGGGGCUCACUUGCAGACUGAAUGGAGAUGUUCUGCAAAAUGAACACUUAAUCUGCAUUUGGAAUCCCCAGUGUACAGGAAGGAGACCACUUUGUGAGCAGUGAAUACAGUGUACCAAAUUGAAAGAAGUACAAGUAAAUCACUGUUUCAUCACCUGGAAGGAGUGUUUGGAGCCUUGCACAGUGAAAAGGAAAGCUGUAAAAGGGUAGGUGUUCCAUCUGCUGCAGUUGCAUGGAAAGGUGCCAUGGAAGUGGAGGGGGUGUUGAAGGUUCAACAAUUUUAAAUCGUAACUGUGGCCCCCAUUUUUUAAUUUUUUUCUCUUUCGUUCCUUUUCUUCUGCUUUUGGAUUGCAGCUGUUCGUGAUUCUGCCAUUCAAACCUCCUCUAUACAGACCCUUUUGUUCCUUUAUUUGUCCCAUUACCACUCCCUUUGGCCUUGCACCAUCAACUCUUUUGUCAUUUAACCUAGGGUGUUUUCCACCCUAUCACACAGAUAUUCCCUUUUGUUCUUUUUUCUCAUCCCCCUCCCUUCCACUUGCUCAAAACCUGUUACAUCUGUAACUUUCCCAUUUCUGAUGAAAGGUCAUUGAUCUGAAAUGUUAACUCUUUCUGUCCCCAUACAUGCUGCCAGACCUGCUGAAUAUUUGCAACAUUUUCUGUUUUUAUUUUAGAUUUCCAGCAUCUGUAGCAUUCUGCUUUUUGUACAUAGUUGUAUAACCUGAAUAUGCAAAUUAUGACGGGUGUCCCAAGCCUUUAUUUUUAAGAACUUUUUAUAUAAAUGUAUAAAAUGUACAAUUUUUAAACUUUGGUUGUAUAUUAAUAUUACUAAUUUAGGUAUUCUGAAGGGUAAGGGAUUAAUUGAAAAAAAUAAA